GCCAGGAGGAGCCAGUGGAGGGAGGGCGGGGGAAGAAGGGCGAGCAGAGGAGGGUGAAGAAGGGCGGAGAAAUGAAGAGAGAAGUCCAGAGGAGAAAUCGAGUCCUACAGCGGUGCCGGCCAUGGCGUCAUGCAGCAGAAUUGCACAAUGCUGCGUAUGCACCUUGUUUCUAGUGGAUAUUCGCCCGGUGUGUCCUGCAGCAAGAGCAAUAGAGGUGCAAGAAGUCAAAGUUCUGUUGGGCUCGGAACUUCGACUGUCCACGACUCGCGCGUAUGGAUAGGUCGUUGUUCGAGUCGAGGGGGAGGAAGAGGAGGAGGUUCGGUUGGUGUAGUAGGGUGUCAAGCCAGAAGAAGAGGGGACAAUUCUUGGCUGCAGCAGCAGCAGAGGAGAGAGGAGCAGCUGCAGGCACGAGCGAGGCAGAGUUUACGAUUGAGGCAGUCCAGAGAUAGUACAGAUCGCUCAUGCUUUGUAGGAACGAUGUCCAAAAUGAAUCAGUCUCUGCCGAUCAGCAUGCCUCCGACUUCUGCUGCUCUCAAAGAAGAGCAGGGUCGAAAGACGCAGCGCAUGACCAGGCGAGGUGCUUUGGUAGCUCUUUCGUACAUGGGUUGUGCAGUGAUGCUUGUGAUGUUCAACAAAGCGGCACUGUCAACGUACAGAUUUCCAUGUGCAAAUGUUAUCACUGUGCUUCAGAUGAUAUGCUCGACAGCACUGCUCUAUGUACUGAAAUCUUUGGAUAUCAUAAGUUUCGCGGGUGAAGGGAAUGGGGCCGUGGAAUUAGCUGCCGAUGGAUUCGUCCCCUUACGAACUCUUAAGCGCACAUCACCCCUUUCAAUAGCAUAUUUAUUUUACAUGGUUGUUGGCAUGGCAUCAAUCAGGGGUGUGAAUGUACCAAUGUAUACAACCCUUCGAAGAACGACAGUUCUUUUCACUAUGGUGAUGGAAUUUUUCCUUGCAGGCCAAAAGCAUUCGUCACCAAUUGUAUCCAGUGUAGGUUUGAUCGUCCUGGGAGCAUUCAUUGCAGGAGCCAGAGACUUAUCUUUCGACACUCAAGGCUACUUGAUCGUUCUUUUGUCAAAUUUAACCACAGCAAUUUAUUUGUCUACUAUCUCUCGACUAGGCAAAACUACUGGACUCAACAGCUUUGGACUUAUGUGGUGUAAUGGUGUUAUUUGCGGACCCAUUUUAUUCCUUUGGAUCUUGGUCAGCGGCGAGCUGGGAAGAGCUCUUCAAUUUCCAGCUGUUUUUUUCCCAGGAUUCCAGCUGGUGAUCGUGUUGUCGUGUAUGAUGGCCUUCUGUUUAAAUUAUACCAUUUUUCUCAACACGUCUCUCAACUCUCCUUUGACACAGACCAUGUGUGGUAACCUGAAGGAUCUUGGCACUGUUUUAAUUGGUUGGUUAUGGUUUGGUGGGCUACCUUUUGAUUGGCUCAAUGUCAUCGGCCAAUUUUUGGGCUUUGUUGGAUCAGGCGUGUAUGCAUAUUGUAAACUGAAGGGGAAGUAGUUUGAAUAGUUUUUGACGGAAAUUUUUUGAGGUUACACGAACAGUCGAGGCAAAACACCCUCGGCAGAUCAAAAUUGUAAAAUUACACACAGCAUCCCUUUUGAGGCCCAUGUACUUCCACCACAUUUGAUGUCUUAGCAUUAUGAAUUUUGCGGUGGAAACGUUGGAGCCCAGCAGCACAUCGUGGGAACGGGUAGAGAAGUAGAGGUUCUUAGGCACAAAGGACCAAGAGUUUCAGAGUAUGAACCGCAUCUGAGUUCAAUCCAGUACAAGAUCUCUUGGUCACAAAUACAUUCUUCCCUACCCGCCGGCAUAGUGGCGAGUGCGCAAUCCACUUUUAUUACCAUCUGACGAGACCGCCAUCAUUCACAUUACAAGAAGGAUCAUUGACAGGAUGAGUAUACCAGAAGAUCUCGGACUAUGAGCAGCCAUAGCGAACCCACAUUAUUGGAAACGGAAGAGAAAAAUUGUCUGGUGUAACCUCCCAGCUCUUUCUGUAGCAGAAUUCCCGGAUUAGUUUCGAAAAUAAAUCUUGUUAGUGAAAGGCGUCGUGAGCUUCCCAAUUGUAACGUUUUUUUCGUC